UCAGUCACGUGAGGCGAAUUUCUCAGGGAAUUCAGUCACCGCGUGUUGCAAGAUCUGUCCACCCAAAUUCCAUUGCUUCUGUCCGCCAAAAUUUCUCUAGGGUUUUCCUCUCCCAUUCGCGCCGGCUUUGUCCCCUUCCUCUUCGUCGCCAUCCACCGCCGAAGUCGAGCUCCGACUUGGGCUUCGUCGCCAUCUCCGACUUCCUGUGAGUCGCCAUCCACCGCCGAAGACGAGCUCCGUCUUGGGCUUCGUCGCCAUCUCCGCAGAAGGCCAGCUCCGACUUCGUGUUCGUCGCCAUCUCCGCAGAAGACUAUCUCCGAUUUCGAGUUUCAGACCACCGGCGCAUCUUCAUCUUCUUCCACGCGAGCGAUCUUGGUCUUCGACCACCGAUCUGGAGUCUUCGUCCACCGGAAGCGAUCUUGGUCUCUGUUUCAGCGAGCGAUCUUCGUGUUCGCCAUCUCCGCCGAAGUCGACCUCCGAUUCCGAUUUGCAGACCGCCGUUCAUCCUCGUCGCCAUCUUCGUCCACGGUAAUAUCUUAAGUGGGCCAAAAGCUGAAGUAAAGCUGUUAGAUACUCAAUAUUGAGAGAUUGACAACUUUCUGAUUUCACUUCCCUUUUUCUUCUUGUUGUAUUCACUUCUAGAAGAUUAUGGCUACCCAAUCAAGUGUCCGUUUUAUUUCCUACUCACAAGAGAUUGUAGAUGGAGUGCCAAUCUAUGUCUCCUCAAAUUGUCUCCCAGUGAAGGCUGUUAAAUUUGAACCUGCCGGGCAUGCUUUUCACUCAGCCGCACUUAGACUCCUUGGUUGUGAGGAAGAAUAUGCAGAUGGUGGUGAGCAGACUGUUCCUAAUGAUAAGGACCGUGCCUAUGUUGCAUCAUCAGAGGCAUACAGCACUAAAGGUAAAAAAAAAUCUGCUGCUGGUGGUAAGCAACAAGAUCACUAUGCAUUACUGGGUUUGGGCCAUUUAAGAUACCUUGCUACUGAGGAGCAGAUAAAAAAGAGCUAUCGUGAGACUGCUUUAAAGUACCAUCCUGACAAACAGGCUGCUCUUCUUCUUGCUGAGGAAACUGAAGCUGCAAAACAAGCAAAGAAGGAUGAAAUAGAGAACCACUUCAAGGCCAUUCAAGAGGCAUAUGAAUUGCUAAUUGACCCUUUGAGGAGGAGAAUUUAUGACUCCACAGAUGAGUUCGAUGAUGAAAUCCCUACUGACUGUUCCCCACAAGAUUUCUUCAAGGUAUUUGGUCCCGCUUUUUUAAGGAAUGCACGGUGGUCAGUUAGCCAACCUAUUCCUUCGCUAGGCAAUGAGAAUACUGCUUUAGAAGAUGUGGAUGGCUUUUAUGAUUUUUGGUACAGCUUCAGAAGCUGGAGAGAAUUCCCACAUGCAGAUGAAUUUGACCUUGAGCAAGCUGAAUCUCGGGACCAUAGGAGGUGGAUGGAAAGGCAGAAUGCAAAGCUUACAGAAAAAGCUAGAAGGGAUGAGUAUGUGCGGAUACGAGCUCUUGUGGACAAUGCCUAUAAAAAGGAUCCUAGAAUCCUGAAAAGAAAGGAGGAGGAAAAAGCAGAGAGGCGUAGGAAAAAGGAGGCUAAGUUUCUUGCAAAGAAAUUACAGGAAGAAGAGGCUGCAAGAAUUGCUGAAGAGCAGAGGCGCCAGAAGGAGGAGGAGGAAAGACAGGCUGCUGAAGCUGCUUUACAUCAGAAGAAGACACGGGAAAAAGAGAAGAAGCUAUUGCGCAAGGAACGUACCCGUCUUCGAACACUUUCAGCGCCUGUUUUAUCCCAGCGCUUGCUUCUUGUUACUGAGGAGGAUGUUGAAAACCUUUGUAUGUCUCUUGAGUUUGAGCGGUUAAGGAAUUUGUGCAACAAAAUUGAGGAAAAAGAGGGCUUAGAGCGAGCAAAAAUCCUCAAGGAGGCUCAGCAGUGUAACCAAAAUUUGGAGGAGCAGAAAGAGUCCAAUGACCGAAAGGAAAAUGGUUCUAUGGAGGCUACUGCUGGAAGCACUCCAUUAAGCAGCUCCGAGAAAAGGGAGAAGCCUUGGGGCAAAGAAGAGAUUGUGCUUUUGAGAAAAGGGAUGCAGAAGUACCCUAAUGGAACAUCUCGCAGGUGGGAGGUUAUUUCUGAGUACUUGGGUACUGGAAGGUCUGUCGACGAGAUUUUGAAGGCCACAAAAACUGUUUUCCUUCAGAAGCCCGACUCUGCAAAAGCUUUUGACUCAUUCCUUGAAAAGCGAAAACCGGCACCAACUAUUGCAUCUCCUCUUACAACUAGAGAGGAAAUAGAAGGGGGGGUAUCCGCCAGCAAUGCGCCUAACAGCAGAGCUUCUAAGCUCAACGACUCGAAGGAUUCUUCCAGCCAAGAGGCGAACCACCAAAAUUCGAACGACGCCACUAGGGCAAAUGGGUUCUCGCCAAGCUUGGAUCAAGACGUGUGGUCUGCUGUCCAAGAAAGGGCUCUUGUGCAAGCUCUGAAAACCUUCCCGAAAGAAACGAGCCAGCGGUGGGAGCGCGUUGCGGCAGCCAUUCCUGGGAAGACUCUGAAUCAAUGCAAGAAGAAAUUUGCACUGCUGAAGGAGGACUUCAGAAACAAGAAAAGUGGGAUGUAGUUUAUUCAGAGUGAGCUGGCAGCAGAGUUGAAAUGCAUCAUCAUCUGCUCUGGUAUCUCUCAAAGUUAAUUAUUUACUGCUUUUAAGAUAGAAAUAGCUACAAAUAUUCUACGCCCUACGGAGCAUUUUUUGACCUUGUUGCAUGACCCCACUCCCAUCCCCGUUAUUAUUCUAUACAGAUCAUUAUCUUAUAUAUGGCAUUCUAGAGGUAGAGCCAACCAAUAUAUGUGAAGCGGUUUUCAUUCGCAGAUGAUCAUCUUAUUUAUAAUCCGUCUCCUAUCCUCUUUUUCUUCUUGUCAUAUUCUAUCUAAUACAAUAAUGCCUGUGUUACUGCCUGCUUCAGCAGUUUGAUAUGAUGAUGAUGGUUAUAUUUGAUAAUAAUAAUAAUUAUAAAUUACUUUGCUACUAUUUUUGAAUCUGUGGCAUCAACUAUUUUGUAUAUAUCAAAAUUUUAUAUUAAAAGUUCUGUGGAAUAUUGUUGUGAAGAUCCAAAGGGCAACAUUGCCACUUUGUUUCCUCACCCUUUGGUUGGAUGAAGGGUUAGGAUGGGGAUGGGGAGGGGAGGGGAGGGGAAAUCUUUCUUCUGUUUGCGAAAUUAUUUUUGUAGUGGAAGCCUUUCCUUCCCCUUGAAAAUUAUAAAUGGACAUUCUAUUAUCUUAUACUAUUCUCCCCUUUUUAGUGUUGUCUAAGCUCAAUAUUAGUUUGGAAUUGAAUGAUAUAAUUAUGAUUUUCUUUCUGUUACUUCAUCGAUCCAAAUGAAGUGAAGAUCCAUUAUUAACAUUUACGUUCAAUGCAAGAAUAGCAAUAUUAACGCUACUUUAUCGUUUUGUUUCUUCUUCUUUUUACCGUAACGGUUUAGUCUAUUUGUCGUUCUAGUGGUUUCUAAUAGAUAAUUUCUUUGUUGUUUCUACACCCCCCCCC